GUCAAAGGGGGCGCCAACUGAUUUGCCGCUUGCAGAUCGAUUGCAGAUGGAAAAAAAUUCAUUUUUUAUUCAAUGUUCUUGACCAUCCUUGACGUUUAUUUCAUUUGAUUAUCUAACCCUGAAUUUGUAAAUUUUAUUAACCGUCAAUGAAUUAAAAUCGUUAGCGAUCUAAUUUUGACCAGAUUCAAAUAUACUUAACAUGUGAUGCGCGUAAAUCUGGAAACCAAUUUCAAAAUGUUCAGGGUAUUAUUAUGUGGAGAUCGUCGAAGAAAUUAAUGGUUGAUUGUUUUAAUUUUAUCUUGAGAUGCGGAGGGCAUAACCUCGGCGUUGAUGAUUUAGAAGAUAUUCCAGAGUACGAUCUUCACGACGUUCCUGUUCAUUUCCAAGCGCACACCUUCGGCGCGUCGAUUGUACCUAGACAGGAUGAUAUGCAUCAUAGGCCGGACGCUCCGGGUUUCAGGCGUCGAUCUCCACCUGAAAUAGUGACGAAAGUUCGGUUGGCUCUCGAAGAAAUGGGCGAAGAAAAACUCCCACCGAAAGCACGCGGUGACCACUACAUCUUCGAAUGUUCGGCUAUUCAAGCAACAUCUCGAGAAAAUACUUGAAC